AUUGUUUUUAAACAAAGAAAGUAAAUUCUAGCUUAAAAUUUACUGUCACAAAGAUCAUUUAAUUAAAAAAUAAAUAUUAAUAUUUUUAUCGUUAAAAUUAUAGAUUAAAUAGCGUUAAAAAUGACAGUGGUAGGAACACAAAUAGAUAGUGACAAAAGAUUAAUACAAUUUGAAACUUUUGAAGACUAUUUGGAUUCCCUAGUAACAUUUGUUGACCUUGGAUAUUUGGGAAAUCUUAAUGUCGCGCGUAGAUUAGCCGAGCUUGGUUACCGUUGUACGAGCGAAACACUCGACGAAGAAUCAUUUUAUCGUCGUUUGGAAGCUGUGAAAAAUUUACUUUUUCCAAUUUAUAGACCGUACGAGUUAACAUCAGAACAAGUGACACCAAAGGAUGUGAGAAAUCUAUGGAGAGAAGUAGCGCUCGAGAAACAUUCACCUCAAGAACAAGGAGUUUACGCUUUAGAUGAACAAUUUGCGAAGAUCAAAGAGACCGGUGAAAACGAGGAGAUAGCUGUUUCGAAUCUAUUAAAAUUGGAAUCUUUCGAACUAGUUCGUGAUACGUUCUAAGACGAGGGCUCGCUACAGCCUGUGAGGAAACAUUCCAAACCACCAGCAAACGCAUCGUCUCCGGAGCAUUACCGACAGGGGAGAGAAAUGGUAUCGAUCGUUGGCACUUAUCAACAUGAAAGAAGCGAAAACCUCGACGAGUAUUUCAAAGCUGUGGGUGUACCAUAUAUUCCACGGAAAAUAAUAUCCAUGUCCAGUCCGCGACUGGAAAUAUCGAAUGACUGCGAUAAAUGGACUAUUCGUACCAUUUCGAUGAUUCGUACGACAGAGAUUACCUUUACUCUUGGCGAAGAAUAUGAAGAAUGUAUGCCGACAGGGAUUAUAAUGAAAAAUACAGCUACAAUGGAAGGAGAUAAUUUAGUGAUAGUUUCAGUUUGUCCAGAUAACAGCAAAAUAGUGCGGAAAUACGAAUUUACAGAGGAUGGUAUGGUCUGGAUAAUUAGCCAUGACAAGAGUGGCAAAAUAGGAAAGCGCUAUUUUAAACGUCUUUCAUAAAGCUUAAUUACUGCUUGAACUACAAAAUAUUUGUAUAGUUGAAUUCCAUAUAAAUUACAUUUGCUAUUAACAAUUAA